AGUGAUGUGCCAAAAACAUCGCUAUCGAACUUUUUCACCUCUAUGAAACAAGUUGGCAUUCCGAUUGCUUUCGUUUUAUUUGUGAGCAACCAAAUCAUCAAUUACAAUGGCCGACAAAGUUGCUGCCGAGAAACCCUUGGGUCGCCCCAUGCGUUAUCCGUACACCUUCUCGGCGAAGAUUGCCCAGUUCCCCAUCAAGCACUACAUCAAGAACCAAUGGAUCUGGCGCUACUACUUCAUUGCGGCUGUCGCCUGCGUUCCUGUGUUCUACAAGAUCAGCAAAUUGGCUAACUCUCCCGAAAACAAGAAGGCAUGGGCUGAGUCGCAGGCUAAGGAGCACGCCGAGCACCACUAAAUGGACAUUAAUCUAGUUUUAAUAGUUGCAUCAACAUUUCAGAGCUGUUUGUGUUUGGAUUAACGUGAGAUCGGCGAAUAAAAAGAGUUGAAAACUA